AUUUCGAGAUCCGCGUUCUCGAAGUCCGGCCGUGGUGCUCCGGCGCGUGUUUUUCUGCACCGAGCUCGUCGCGUGUGAGAUCGGCGGUGCGCUCGCCGCCUGCCGCCGUGCCCCUGCCGCCAAGAAGUUCCUCGGAGAGCUUGUCGUGCGCGCGUUUCGCAUGUGUCGUGUUGUUGUUGGUGCCUCUGACCGCCGUCGCCGUUCUCCGCGGGCGUGUUCGCUGCUCGUGUUUGUGCGCUGUCGGUCCGUGCUGCUGUUGUUGGUGUCGGCGUCGUGACCAUGCGGAUCAACGGACACAAGGAGGUCCGUUUUCAGGACGACAGCUGCGGCGACGAGGAUCGCCAAGAGCCCGAGGACAUGUUAAACCACGGGGACGAGAUGUCCCUACAAGAGCGGGUCUCGGACCUGGAGAAGAAGAUCCUGGAGCAGACGGACGAGAUCACCUGCCUCCGGAGCACCAUCGCGGAUCUCGCGCGGAGGAUGAACCAGCUCGAGGGCAGGGCCCCAGUGAUCACCAACUCCAACAGCCACGGCACGACACCGACCAAGGCGGGCCUGCCAUCGCUGCCUCAGCACCCGCAGCCACAGCAGCGCCACUCGCUGCACCGGCAGACGAGCAACAGCUCGUCGUCCUCGCACGUGGACGGGGUGCCGCCCCACAACGGCCACCACCACCAGCCCCCGUCGCCACAUUCGGCGCCCUCUCGCAGGCUCAGCUACUUCCCCACUGCCUCCACGACCUCCCUCCACAGCGAGGGUGGCCAGAGCUCCACGUCUGCGUCUCCCGUGCCGUCUCCGGCGCCUUCGUCCUACCGCAGUUCGCCGUCCCCGCGACAGACGCCGUCGCCCAACCGCCACAUCUCGGCUUCUACGUCCAACUUGGCCGCCAUGAAACGGUGGUCAAGCUGCAGUAGCCAAGAUUUCACCGCAGCUAACAGACGCAUUGUAAGUGGGUCCUUGUAUAAUCUGCCCAUGCGAUCGGCCUCCGGAACACUCUUGAGACACGGUACAAAGGAUGCGCAGCUCAAUUCAGAGGAAGGGACAGUGCGAAUGUUUCUGCGAGGUCGUCCCAUUGUGAUGCACAUUCCAAGUGACCAGCUGCACGACUACAGCCUCACCAAGGUGAACAGCGCCCCACAUCAGAGGCUCAAGCUGGAGUGGGUAUACGGGUACCGGGGCAGGGACUGCCGGGCGAACCUGUUCUUGCUUCCGACGGGCGAGAUGGUCUAUUUCAUCGCUGCCGUGGUGGUCCUCUACAACGUCGAGGACCAAAUCCAGAGGCACUACCUGGGACACUCCGACGACAUCAAGUGCCUUGCCGUUCAUCCAAACAAAUUGCUGAUCGCAACCGGCCAAGUGGCAAGUAUAGACAGACGAGAUCGAAAGAGCCGCCACUUUGAGAUAUCUCCGGCCGAGGAAGGUCUCAUGCCACGUGUCAUAAGCAGGCCGCAUGUCAGGAUAUGGGAUUCCGUGAGCCUCAACACGCUUCACGUCAUUGGUGUCGGAGACUUUGAGAGGGCAGUGAGCUGCAUUGCGUUCUCAAAAAUGGAUGGUGGCUCCAUCUUGUGCGCGGUGGAUGACUCAAGCGAACACACCAUCUCUCUCUGGGACUGGCAGAGAGGGGAGCGGGGAUCCAAGAUCACGGAAACGAAGAGCGCAUCUGACGCUGUGCUUGCUGUGGAGUUCCACCCGAUGGACAGGCACGUCCUUGUCACCCUCGGCAAGGGACACAUUCACUUUUGGGACAUGGAAGGAGGCACGCUCGCCAAGAAGCUGGGCAUCUUUGAGAGCGCCAGUGUUGAUGGUGGUGAGGUCUCUGACGGUGGUUCCGCGGCGAAGAACAACAAGCCCAAGUAUGUCCUGUGCAUGACCUUCACCGACCUUGGAGAGCUUCUCACUGGUGACUCAAAUGGGAACAUCAUGGUCUGGCAGAGGGGAUCAAACCGCGUUGCACGGGUGGUGAGCAACGCGCACGACGGACCCCUGUUCUCGAUCUGCGCCAUGAAGGACGGCACCAUCGUCACGGGAGGCGCCAAGGACCGCAAGGUGGUGCAGUGGGACGCCAACCUGGUCCGGACAGGACAGGAAGCCAAGCUUCCGGACAUGGUGGGAGGCAUCCGUACCCUGACGCAGGGCAAGGGCAGCCUCCUGCUGAUUGGGACCACGAGGAACUCCAUCCUCCAGGGAACCUUCAGCCUCAACUUCUCCACCGUCGUGCAGGGCCACACGGAGGAGAUCUGGGCGCUGGCGGUGAACCCGACCCAGAACCAGUUUGUGACGGGUGGCUACGACUGCCAGGUGCACCUGUGGGACACCCUGUCGCAUUCCGUCGUCUGGAGCAGGGACCUCGGGGAACAGGCACAGGCUGCAUGCUUCUCACCUGACGGCAGCGUCUUGGUGCUGACGACGCGGACGGGGCGCUGGAGCGUCAUGGACUCGGCCACGCGCCAGCUCUACUCUAUGCAUACGGACGGCACGGAGCCCAUUGAUGCCGUGGGCUUCUCUCCCAAUGGUCAGCUUUUGGCAUUGGGCUCGCGGGACAAUUUCAUCUAUGUUUACCAAGUUAGUGACGAAGGCCGCAAGUACAACCGCAUCAGCCGAUGCUCGGGCCACUCUAGUUUCAUCACACACCUGGACUGGUCAGAAGACAGCACCUAUAUCCGGUCCUGUUCGGGAGACUACGAGCUGCUCUUCUGGAAUGCCCUGGUCUGCCGGCAAGUGACCAACAUGUCCAUCACGAGAGACCUCAAGUGGCACACGCAGAGUUGCACCAUUGGCUUCAAUGCAUUCGGAAUCUGGCCCGAGAAUGCGGACGGGACAGACGUAAACACGUGUGCGCGCUCGCAUUCCUCCAAGCUGCUUGUCACGGGAGACGACUUCGGCAAGGUCAAGCUCUUCUCCUAUCCAGCUUCACAACCCAAGUGCCUGAGUCACGCGUAUGGCGGCCACAGCAGUCACGUGACGGCGGUGGACUUCAUGCCAGACGACACUCGUCUCAUUUCCCUGGGCGGCCGGGACUGCAGCAUCUUGCAGUGGGCCGUGCUGUGAACGCCGCGCCAGGGUGUCCCUACCACGACGAACCGUCACUUCCGAGCAAUUCGUCGGGCGAUCUGCUUGCCGUCGUCGUCCACGACCUCGCAGUUGUCCGCCCCCGAAGUUCCGGCUCUGUUUCCUAACGUAUCGCGAGAGCCAAGGUGUGCCGAAACGUUCCGAGAAAGCGUAGCUAGGCUGCUAUUGUCCGGUGAUGACGCAUAGGAUGUUUUCAAGUACUAACUCGUGCUUUCAAGACGUGGAGCUCGGCAAAUUGGAAACCUAGAUCGUCUGCUGCGUACAUCGCUAGCACCCAGCCUGUUCUCAGCAUGCGAACUUGUUGCGCUGCAAUGGUGUAGCUUGCAUCGUCACUCGAAAUACGAUUAGCAAUAUCAGGGUAUUGAAAAGGACAGAAUCGCUUCCGUACUUGCAUGCACGCUCGCACUUUGGUUUUCUCAUAUGAUUACGACGCCGUUGCGCAUGGAUUCGGGGUACGACAGUGGCCUACGUCUUGCCACUGAUUCGGAAGCUGCGUGCCAUGUUGCGACGCCUCCGGAAGAAUGUAUUGAAGCUAGACUGAGUUGUAGUGUAGUAGAAUCCUGGGGUGGAUCAGUUGACCCUAUGCACCGAGACACUAAUGUGGCGGCGCAAAACCUGAAGGGCACUCCUGCAUUUGCAACUUGUAUUUGCAAAUAAGGGGUGAAGGUGCGUUUGGCUACCCAGUUAUCUCGGUGAUCUACUGGCUUUGUCAAACCUGCGGAGUUUUGUGCACAAGCAUGAAUUAUGCAGAAUGGAAAGCUACAAUCGCUGCUUAAAUUAGCCCUAUUGUAUGAUAGAGAUGUUUCAGCCCUUCAUGUUGCCUAAACCAGAAGUUUAAAGAUAUGUUCAGGAAUUGGAGUGGGUGCCCCAACCAGUCCUCAAAUAUUUGGGAAGCAAUCGCUCCUAUCGGAAUUCAGGCGCAUUGUUUCCUCCGCAGAUAACGUCCCGAAAUCCCAUUAUGUUUCAGAUUUAUGUAACAUCAGGGCCUAAAAGCAACGUCCAGUAUGUAUAUGGGGUUAGAAAAGCUGCACAGAGUUUUCUGAUUUACCCACUUUUCACUGCAGCUCAGUCUAGCAGCCUAAUAAUUGUACCUUUGAUAAGAGGCCUAACUGGUGAGCUUGUCUGUUCUAUGAUUGUGCACAAAUGUAGGACUUGUGAGUGAAACAUGCCUUGAGAUGGGAGUUGGUUUUGGUUGUUAUACAGGGAAGUGAUGCCAGAUUGAGAAGAGGAAUUGCUGUUACAUGGCAGGCUGAAGUCCGCAUUUUCUACCUUUAAUUAAGAGGCAGCAGUGCAACCCUUUGUGACCGAGGUGGUGUGUGGCAUCAUCCUUUUCUGGAAGUGCUGUUUUGGCGUUGUCGUGCUAGUUCAGAAAUACUUCGGAUCCGGUGUCGUCCAGAUUACACGGCCUUUAAUAACUAUGCUGCAAGGGCAAGAAGUCACUGAAAAUGGCUAGGAGCCAUGGCUCUCGAACUAAAAACGGGAACUGACUGCCAGAAACGUACUGGGGCACGAAAGGUGCUGUAUGUGUAUUGCCCAGUUCGGUCGAGUGCUGCUAAUCGUUUUGUUUGCCGUAGUGAGCAAAGCUUGUUGGCUUUCGAGGUGACGUCCACGUUUGACCUGUUCUUCCUGUGAAUGAUAGUGUGAGCUUCUUGGGGUGAAAGUGAUUGGGGACUUUGCCACCAGGUUAAGCAAGUCUGAACGUUGUCACUGGGAUUGCAUCGCUUUGUUUUGGAGUAGCUCUCGUAAUGCAUUUCUUACGUUGUAGUCUUCGUACGAGGGGUUGUAGUUUUAUAUCUUUGUGGCACGACUACAAGGUGCUGUUUUUGAGCAUGUUUUCCUGGAACUGUUUCGGGUGCCUGCAACAAAGAGGACGUCUGGAAAAGAAGCAAUACUCGAUUGCAAUUUAGCAUCACCAAGCGCCUGAUGUGUUGGAAGAGCUAGCAAAGUUCCAGCCCUUUUGAUACCUUGUGUUUCCGUUGCAAGUGCGUGAAAUGUUAUGGUACCGGUAGAGUGCGCACAGAGGUAGAUUUUGUUUAUUUGCCAGUUUGGCAGCUUAUUGGGGACAGCUUGCGUUUCUCGCGACCUUUUUUGCCAAACAAAUGCAGUUUGUGUACUGCAUUGCUACGCAACCAAUUUUCAGAUUACGCUCGUAGAUUCUGACUUCAAAUUUUGUUAUCUUCGUUUAAUUUUUUUGAUUGAAUGAGCUUCAUGUAUUGUCAGCAAACACAGUCAUUUAGCAUUCAGUCACAGCUGUGAGCGUCAAAUUGACACAUGCCUUUGCUAAUUUUUUCUUGAGUCGUUUUGGCGCAUUAUUAAAGAUUUUGUGAGGAUGUUCAAGCCAAUCAACUACGAAGUUGAGUGGCUAAGCCUUUAGUCUCACUGGUAUUUUUUUUUUGCUAAAUAAAUAUAUUAAAAUAGAUGGAUAGCACAUGCACUGGCAUAAAUUGUACAUUGAAGAUGUCUCUAUAGACGGAAGGAAUGUUUCGUUUCUUGGUCAAUACAUCACUCGUUCGCAUACAAGUGAAAAAGCAGCUUCGACCGCAGUCACCUUGUUUCUGAUUUCAAAACUUUGGUUCCAUUCUGAAGCCCACAAGAGUGCGUUCACGGCCGGCACAUCAUUGAAUACUAUUUCGUACAUAGAGCAAAAACGUGUGGAUUCAUCGCUGCCAUGGUUGCUGUUCAUAUGCAGUCAAGGAUCAGGGCCAAGAUCACAUUUAUCACUCAUCACCUUGCAAAUGCUCACUGAGCAAGUGACACAGACAUUGAAGACAUUUAUCUUUAUAGUGAAAUAUCUCUGCAAGCUGCACUUGCAUAACUGCACAUGGAUGCCACUACGGGAGUGCACAUUUGGUGUUUGUCAGUAACGACAGCUGGCAAAUAUGAUGUAUGACUGUCAAAUAAAGUUUGAUAAGUAUGUCACUUUAGUGAACUUUGCUUCGGAGUGUGCACAAUGUUUGUGGGAAAUCUUGAUUGGAGAUGGAUCUUUUUCUUUCAGCAUUUCAUAUAUUUAACUUCGUUGUCUGAUAGGUGCAGAGUUUGGAGCCGCUCAACAACUCUUUUGCUCUGCCUAUUGAUUGAGUUCAGGGGACAAACCCUUUGUGCAUGUGAAACAAACGCAAGGCAGAUGUUAAAUAUGUAAUGCAACACGACACAAUGGUGCAUUCUGGACAUUUUAACACAGUGCUUGGCAAUUCCAUGUGCCACAAGAUAUACAGUCUGUUUUUUUCUUUGCAGCUUAUAAGCUUUUAAAAGCGCAUACUUUCAUGCUCACUUUUUGAGUUACUGCGAAGCACGGAAUCUAUGUCUGAAUUGUGUUCUGAUGCACACUCUCAAACACUUGGCGAGUGAAGGUGCCGCCAGGGAAUGUGACGUCCAAUGCUGGGUAAUCCUACUGUAAAUCCAUAACCGGUCAGUGUCUCAAGGGAAGUUUUAACAUAUCCUAGACUUGAAGUUCGGUGGUCUAGCCGCAACAUUGCCAGCCCCGAACCUAUCCUCUUCGGCAGAUUGCUGGUUUUUGGCAUCCCUUGCAUGAAUGAGCACAGCGUGUGGUCUGUGUAGUACCUAGCAAAUAUGUGGUUUCAGACUAUGCCCAUAUGUUACCAUUAGGUAGGCAUUAUUUAUUUUGUAUGUGCCUCAAGCGCCGAAGACGAUUGCAUCGUUUUGUAAAUAACUCGACAAUAAAUUGCGCACCUCACAA